GGGAUGGAUAGGGUUGGAUAGCUGCGGAGAGUUAUGAGUGGUGUUUUGUUUUUGCUGGGCACCUGUUCAUGUUGGCGUGGAAGGUUAUGAAAACAUGAAUGGUGUGGCUAAGACUGCUGGAAGGGGAGAGAGAGAGAGAGCGUCCAUAUACAGGUAACACUGGGCCGUAGGACGUUGAUGAUUCGAUCAUCAGGGAUCUGACAAAAUCAAUAUAGACAAUAGUAAAGGGAGGAAUUAUUGCAAUAUGCACCAAUACGUUAAGGAUGAGGUUGGGAAAUGGAAUUGAAGGAGAGAGGAAGUUAUAUGGAGUAGACUACGGCUCAGUCAUACAGAGCUAAAUGUGUCAUUGAGACUGAUUGGGAGACAUGAAACAGAGCUAUGUGAUGAGCGUUUGGUAGAGAAAACGGUCCCACGCGCUGAUGUUUUGUGAAUUGCAUGAUGUAAACAGGGAGACUGUUUGAGAGGUCAGGAAAACUGGGUGUGGAUGGGGUAUAUGUUGAAUGUUGUGAUAGGAACGGGGAAGUAAGUGUGGGUAACGCUCUUUUUAGUUUUCUUAGAGUAACCGGUUUAGGCCAUAGACUGUAGAAGGUUCAGGGAAAUUAGUUUAAUGUUGGUAGACUAUGACCGUCCUCGUACUCCAACACAGUAGGUGGCGAUGUAUGCACUUCAAAGUUUACGCAUUCCACCAACCAAACCCAAAGAAUUAAAAGAACAAUUCACCGCAGAAGAAGAGUAUUCCUGUGGCAUCACGUGAGGAGGUUAUCAAAAGUACGAAACAGGGGCGUCAGAGGAGAGACGUGGCUUUGUUUUGCUCGGGUACCGUUACCUGGAGGUUGGUGUAGAAAUGACUAAAUUAGGGCUUUUGAACGCCUAUCUUACCGAACGGUUAAUGGUGGCUGUGCGAGAGAUUUUGGAGGUGGUGGAGGGCACUGUGUCGGAGUACCAGGAAGAAGCGGCUCGAACGCACCGAGAAAACGAGAAGCUGAGACGGAGGCUGCAAGAAGUCGGUUUAGACACGGUCGCAGAUUGGUCGGAUUUACACCCUGCUCUCUCUCUCUCCCUCCCUCCCUCUCUCUCUCCAGGAGCGGCUCUCCCUCUCUCCCUCUCGGCGGCCGAGGGGAGGUCCCCCGCGGAGGAGCAGCACGGCGAGCAGGAGUGGAGCUCCGCCCUGAGGGAGGAGUUCGCCCUGAGCGAGGAGGAGGAGCAGCAGCCGCCGCACGCGGGGUCAUGUGACCCGGGACUCGCCGCGCCGGACUACGCCGCCGCCGCCGCCGGCGGCCCGCUCCCGUCCCCGCCCCGCGUGAAGAGCGACGAGGACGCCGGCCCCGGCGGACCCCCGGACCUCUUCAGGGUCCACAUCGUGGGCCCGGCGGGGGCCUACUCCCCCCCCAUCAAAACGGAGCCCAGCGAGGUCUACUGCGCCUCGGCCCAACUCCCCGCCCCCCUGCGCACCCCCCCGGAGGCGGGGAACCCCGCGGGCUCCGGCGAGGCCGACGCUCCGGUCGGCGAGGCGGGGGCCGACCCCCACCCCCUUCCGCCGCCGUCCCGAAACAGGCAGCCCGGCGGUGGCGGCGGGGGGCGGUCGGGCCGGGCCUGCCGGAAGACGUCCCACAGCUGCCCCCACUGCAGCAAGACCUUCCGGCACGUGUCCCGCCUCAAGAUCCACCUGCGCAUCCACACGGGCGAGAAGCCCUUCGGCUGCCCCCUGUGCGGCAAGUGCUUCAACAACGACGGCACGCUGAAGAACCACCAGCGCGUCCACACGCAGGUGCGGCUCUACAGCUGCGCCGAGUGCGGCAUGAGCUUCAAGGACGCCUACACCUGCAAGAAGCACCAGCGCGUGCACACGGGCGAGAAGCCCUACCGCUGCGCCCACUGCGGCAAGCACUUCAACGAGGCGGGCAACCUGCAGACGCACGUCCGCACGCACACGGGCGAGAGGCCCUACUGCUGCACCCUCUGCGGGAAGCGCUUCCUGGAGUCGGGGAAGCUGAAGAAGCACUUCCGCAUUCACACCAGGGCCGGCGCGCAGAGCUGAGAUCGGUCGCGCUUUUCAAUGCGUGAAUAUUCGCGGGACUGGGUGAUUGAUUUCAAUGAGCGCGUGGAGCGUGGGUACAGCGCCACGGCGCGCUGAUAACGUUACGCUAAUGGCGAUUGGUCAGAGACGGCUGCUAGUCCUGUCCUUGAGGUUACGGUCACAUUUGCACCCGAGUCACGUGUUGCUUGCGAUGGUGAUGGCGAGGCUGUAAUGGUGAUUUUAGCUGAUUGGGAGCCCUGUGGAAACGUGUCGUUGAACUGAAGGCUCGGUGCUUUCCUGUUUAAUGACCACCUCAGCCGGGUGCGAGACCUUCUCAACUUUUCUGUCUUUUCUAUCUCUUCGACGUAGGUGUGUAUUCUUUUAAUAAUCACACAGCUCCACCCAAAUCCGCUGACCAUAUUUUAUAAGCCUUUAUAAGAGGUUUAAAAUUGAGUUUUAUACUGAAUCUGUUCUGUCCUGAAUCGGAUACUGAAGUGUUAGCAGGUGCAGGUGGGUGCCCUGGUGAAAAGCACCUGUGACAAUUGUCAUUGUGUCAGCUGACAUUCAAACUGACGCGCUGGACUCAGAAUAGCGUGCAUGCGCACAGAUACGCUGGGUCAACGAGAACACUGAUUGAACUUUGCGGGUCAAAAAACUGAUUGAGAACGAUCCAGUAUGAGGACACUGGCCCUGUAAGAGUGAGUCAGUUGUGAGCGUGCGGUAUGAUAAAGUAAAAGGCUGAGCCCCUGGUUUGAUUCAGUGCGGACAGGGAUGGCCGAAUUCGGUCUGCCCCCGCCGGCUCUGUUCCUCGCCCUGCCUGGUGACCCCCCCCCCCCCCCCCCCGGGCCCUUGGUCCACAUGGUUGGAGAGUUUUAAUGCAUACACUGACACGAUGGAUUCUGGAGACGUUUCGGCUACGUGCUUCGCCACUGCUUGGGCACGGAAAGGCAGAGAUUAUUCCAGAAGCUUGGUAUGGCUACUACGUUUUGAUUCCUGAGUCGCUCCCCUCCGGUACCAUUUCGCUGGUAAGCAGCGUGUUCUUCUCUGACACCAGGGCUCCAGACUGCCCAGCUGGAGGGCAGAUUUUUAAAAUACUGUUCAGAAUGUUAUCGCUUUGCAGAGGUCUGCUGCUCUGUACAGGCAGCCGACUUCCCACAGGCCGCUGUCUCCAGCGUACACAAAUCAGAAAUCUCUCCACUGGCCACGCCCACCUUUAAGUGUGCACGUUGGGGAGGAGAGGACUCCAUUGGUGAUGGACAUGGGCACAACAGUGUCACUGCUGAACUUAAAAACAUGCACUAAAUUUGGUGUUUCCCCUCAGGUUGAGAAUUUAUUUCCGGUGGUCGACUCCAUGUGUGUGUUUUGGGGGUGUACCAAAAAAUGGACUUCUGAGGAUUGUUUGUACUGUUUAUUAAAUUGUACUGCAAGUAAUAACAACAAGUUAUUCAAUUUU